AUGAAGAUACAUUUUUAUUACCAUAUCAAUGCUCACAUUUUGUCUGUUGUUGCUUUUUUCAGAUUUGGACUGAGCAACAGAUUUGACACAGAAUUUCCCUCUGUUCUCACGGGAAAGGUAGCGCCAGAAGAAUUCAAAACCAGCAUCAGCAGGGUGAAUGCUUGCUUGAAGAAGAACUUGCCUGUGAAUGUGAAGUGGCUUCUUUGCGGCUGCCUGUGUUGUUGCUGUACAGUAGGCUGCAGUCUAUGGCCUGUUAUCUGCCUCAACAAGAGAACAAGACGGUCUAUUCACAAGUUGUUAGAGUGGGAAAAUAAUCGCUUAUACCACAAGCUGGGGCUGCACUGGAAACUCAGUAAAAGAAAAUGUGAAAGCAGUAAUAUGAUGGAAUACGUAAGUAGGCUCUAAGUUUUUUCAUGAACAGUUUUGAUUAUUUCUAUU